AUGAAGUUCUUCGCUGUCGCCGCCCUCUUCGCCGCCACUGCUCUGGCCCUCCCCGAGACCGGCCCCAAGAUUGGCAAUGCCGCCCAGGAGCUCUACGGAAAGUGCUCCAACGGCAAGCGCUCUUGCUGCAACUCGGACCCUACCAGCGCUAAGCUCAGCACGGAGCAGCACACAAACCUGUUGGGUCUUCUUGACGGCCCUCUCAUUCCCGGUCUGAACUCUGGAGAGUACAGCGGCUGCAGCGACCUUAUCGACCUCAUCCCCGGUCAGUGCCAGGGUAGCAUUGCUUGCUGCGACAACAACAGCGUCAACAACGGCAUCAACGUCGUCGUUCCUUGCAUCGCCGUUCCCGUUGGAGUUUAAGCGGAAAUCAUCCGACCGAGGCCGUCUUCCUAUUGCUACGCUGGAACACUAGGCCAAAUGGGAGUGAUAAAUAUUGUGACUUGUACAGUCGUGCUCUUGAGCUGUGGCUGGGGUGAUAUGCUCGGAUAUCAGUCUAGCUUUGUGCAAUGAACAUGCAAGGGACGCCAGUUGCAUUUGCUUUUUGUCUUUCUUUAUAGCUACUGUACGCGCAUCGGUCGUCUAGUCGGUGUGCAUGUGCAUAUCAACACCAAAAGCAGUUGAACCUCCGAUGAUGCUUGAGCUUUUGAAUUG